GUACAACAACGGACGUGCAAAACUACAUGCGCGACCUAAUUCAUCGACGGUAUAAUACUCUCACUCGGUGCCUUCGUCUCGAGCCAGCUCGAGACAGCACGACACAAAAGCCGCCCCGAAAGACACCGCACUUGCUGUUCGCGCGCGAGAUAGCAGGCAGACGUGGCUUCGGUGCUUUACGACGGUACAAUGACUUCCACACAUCGUUUAGGAACGAGGUCGAGGACUGCCUCGAGCCGAGGAUGGGGUCCAUAAACUGUGCGGGCGAUGUCGUUACUAUCUCGUGGCUGUCAAACAACGAGGUCAUCUGCGGCGUAACGACGCACUCUGACAGUCGAAACCAGCAGUACAACAAGCCUGGCCGCGUCGACUGCGUGUAGUGGCCCAUGCGCGGAGGCUACAAAACCUUACGAUUCUGAGCAUUUUGAG